UCUGUGGAUGUUGCUGAUUUCCUUUAAUUUGUAACUACCAUCCUCUUGCGCGUGCAGAGGUGCAUACCCUCGACCUCUCCCAAGCCGGUCAACGCCGGCAGCAUCAGCUCUAUUCCCCCACGGUGCACCACUCGGCCGCCCCCGUCGACGACGUCCGCCCAGCCCCAGCAGCAAGAUGCCGGCAUAUGCCUCGAGCAACUCGCCGGCGGCACCACCACCUACCUGGGCAUGGCCGCGCACCCGGACGGCUCCGGCAUGGCCUUCCUCUACACCCAGGACGGCAAGGUCUCGCUUGCGUCGCUGCCCGCACGGGGGUCCGGAGCGGCGUUGCAGCUCGACGGUGGCGACGGGGCCAUCCUCGACCUCGCCGUCGGGGAUCGGGUGCUCAUCAGGCUGACGGGGCUUGCGCUCCACCCGGAGUUCGCGGCCAACGGACGCUUGUUUGUGGCCUACACCUGCGAUAGCGACAACUCGCCGGCGUGCGGCGGCGCUGGAACAUCAUCAUCUUCGUCUCCUCCUCCUCCUGCUGCUGGAAAUGGAUUAAGGUACCAGCUCAUUGUCGAAGAGUUCACCACCAAGGGCGGCGUUGACAAUGGCAUGAUUACCGAAGCGAGGAGGAUUUUUGCCAUGGGUUUGCCGCCGCAGCUGGUGGACGCGCCCAACCAGCAGCGUGGCGGCCAGAUCUUCUUCCCUCCUAGCGACGAUGAUGGGCAUCUCUACCUCGCUACGGGGCACGGUGGUGGACUAGGAGGCGAAGCGAGCUCCCCGUUUCUUGGCAAAAUCGUCAGGCUCGACGUCGACAGCAUGCCUGGCAACAACGAGCCCCAGAUCUUUGCCGCUGGACUCAGCAACCCGAGGGGCUGCAGCUUCGAUUCCAUGAGGCCUUCCGACUUGUACUGCGCCGGAGUGGAUGAGCAACAGAACGAGCAGGUCUACCUGAUCUCCAACUACAGCGCCUCUCCGGUCACGGCCGCCAUCUCCGUCGUCGUCGACCACGGCCGUCCAACAGCCGGCCAGGCGCCAUCCAUCAUAGGUGGUUUCGUCAAACGAGGUCCCGCUGACCCCUUCUUGAAUGAAAGGUACGUGUACGUAUAUAAUUCUUCCAUGUGGGCCACAGCGGAAACUCCAUCGAGCAAAGCUGGCGGGCUCCACGCAUACCCCUCUGCCCGGAUCCCCAACGUCCGGUGCUCCGAGAGCAGCCCCGUGCCUUGCGGCGGCGAGGCCAUCGCCGGUAGCAUCGUCUUCUUGGGCCAGGACAGCAACAUGGACGCCUACAUCAUCACCACUGGCGGCAUCUACCGAGUCAUUCCGCCAGGCCUCUGCGCCGGUGGCGCUCCUCCUCCCGCGCCGCCGCAGCAGAUGCCACCAUGGCUUACGUGGCUCAUCUCCAUUCUUGGACUCGUUUCAAUGGUAGCGAUCCCAUCCAUCUCCUCGUGCCUGUGCGGCGGCGCAGGAGCAGGAGCAGGACGGCCUACACCAAACUGGUCCUUCAGCUUGAGCUGCUGCUCCAGUGGCACCACAAAUUAACGACAAUACGACACAAUAAUACUAUAUAUACGCCUACUGGUGGUCAAGAAAUAAGGGUGGUCUACGGCUUGAGUUACUCG